CAUCAUUCAUGUUCACUCUGUUUCGAGGAAGACAAUCUGACAAUAUGGAGCAAGUGCAGGUGUGACCGCAGCGAUACCUAGAACAAGAAAACGCUUUGUACUUAUGACGUCCUUCCCUCGUGUGUAAACGACGAACACAGUCCUGCUCAGCUCAAGUACUUCAUCGACAUCUGUACCGACUAUAGGUAGUGAACAUAUGUAUCUUCGCCAUGCGCGGUGCUUGUGGUGCAUGGAUCAGGCCAUCAAAGUGUGUACUGGAGUUCGAGUAGCAGUGCGACCAUUGACCAUUCACAAUUGCCUUCCGCAUAUUGCAGUCCCGUUUGGUCUGCUCAAGUUGGGGACGCUUCUCGUAUAUGGCGGUUCACAGAGCGGCGACCUGCUACGUGGGCUAAUGCGGGCGCUUUGCACAAUAUCCUCCCUCAGAUCGUCUGGAAAGCGUAUGAGUGAGAAAUAGCUCGAAAAGGAUCAAUAUUCGAGAGCAUAGCUUAAGAACUUCCCUGGCUUUGGCACUUGCCUGCAUGUUGCUGUAGUUGAUGAAUGUGCUGCUCGAGCUGCCUCUGUAGUAAUGUGAGGCCGUGUGCUGUGGUGCGACUCUCGCCCAUGUACCGCUUCAGACUGCUCUUCUCUGCAAUGUAGGUGUCAGACGUGUACAUCCACGAGAACACAUGGGAGUCCAGCAAUGGCUGUGCGUUCGUACCUGCAAUGAUUUUGUCAAGCUUGUCUCUCUCUUUGUCGAUCUGCACCUGCAUUUGCUUUUCGGCCCACUGCAACUGUUGUUCGUACUCUGCACGACGUAAAACAAAUGACGCCCACUAUCGAAGACAGUCAACACGCCCACCGCUGAUGAGUCGCUUAGCUUUCCCCUCUGCCUCCUGCGCUUGCGUUGCGGUGCUUUGCUUGGAUUCUUCCAGCUCACGGCGCAGCGCAUCGCGCUCGCGAGUCACCUGCAAAACACACACACGCACACCACACGUUCCGGGGGAAGAGGAAAGAAACGGCCACCUUUUCCAGCUCCUUUGUUAUCUUUCCGUCUCCGUCUCUCCUCAUCUGGACCUGGCUCAAGGCCGCUGAAACAAAUGUCACAUAUGGCAUUGUGUGCCAUAGCUAUGCAGUGCCUUGUUUGCCUUCCAAUUGAGCCUGCUGUCUGGCCAGUGCUUGAUCACUCCUCUCUUUCCCUGCACUCAGAAAGCGCAUGUUCUCCUGCGUCUCUUCCAGCAGGUAAUGCGUGCGUUGGAGAUCCUUCUCAAGCCACUCGUUCUUUUGCUGAAGCUGCAUGGCGUAUGCACCACACGCAUGGAUCAGCGCAUUCCACUUCACACACCUGUUGCAUUUGGCUGCUUGUGUCCUGGAGUUGCCUGGCGAAGUGCUCCUCGUGACGACACCGCUCACGCUCAGCACUGCCCAACUUUAGCUGGCUCUCCUCCUGCAUCUGCACCUAUGACAGUGCCGUAUGUACCGAGGGCACCGAGUCGAGACGUGUUCAUCUCCCUUCAGAGUCCCACCUUCUUUAUGGCCUGAAUGUGUGCCUCUUUCCACGUGUCAUACUGCUCCUUUGCUGUCGCCAGCUUAGCCCGCAGUGUCUGCUGGGAGUCCUCGGCACGAUACCGCUCCUCGUCUGCCAAGCGAUCGCGGGACUGAAACACCAUGGAUAGUUAGGUAUGUGCUACCCAUUCAGAUGCACGUGCUCACCUCAAUAUCCCACUGCAACUGCGCGUUCAUUUCAGCGAGCCGUCGCUGCUGCUCUAUCAGAUUAUUCCUCUCGCGAUGCAGCGCCUGUUGGACGUCCAUCAGACUGGCCUACACGUGAAUGCACAUGCUUCUUAUUCGGUGUACAAGUAGGUCGCGCGUAACGCAGUGUCGGUCUGCUUUCCUGCGCGUCCUUGAGGGCCUGGGCUUUCUCGUCAAGCUUCGUUUCAAGCAAUGACUUUCGAGCAGACCAUUCGUUCUACCGAAGACGAUUACAGACGAAGUGUCUUCCCAGAUUCCUGUUGGUACACCCACCUCCACCUUGUCCCGGAUGAGUUUGGUCUCUCGUAGCUCCUGCUCGGCCAUCUGCAGCUGCCCCUGGAGGGACGUCAGCUGAGACUUGGCCUCCGCGGCAUCCGACUGAAGGGCACUGCGCUCGCGAGACCAGUGCUGAAAACCGGACGAAAAACAAGAAUGGUAAGCCGCAGCUCCGCGUUCCCACCAAGUGACCGCCUGACCUGUCUCGCCUUUGCGAGGUCUUCGUCUGCUGCCUGUCUGAGCUGAUGUGCCUUGUCGCAUUGAGCUUUUGCCUGUGUGAUAUCCUGAACAAUCAGAAAAGCAUGAGACACGUCAGCCUCUGUCAAUCGGCAGAGCGGUGGUCGAUUUACCCGCUGCAGUGCGCAGUUGUCCGUCUCCAGUCGGCCGAUCACUUGUUUCAGGCCCGAUAUCUCGCCACUUUUGGCUUCGUUUUCGUCCCGAUGUGCUUUGAGCUGCUGGGUGGCGUCGUUCAUGUCGAUCUCGUGUGCGUGCGCGGCAGCCUGGAACUUCUCCUCGUAAUGAGUCCUGCAUAACGCCAACUCGCGCUCAUUGCUCUCGCACAGACGGCGGCGUUGCUCCUCUAUCUGCAGAGGCCCAGCAACAUAUUGAAUCGACCCUCAUCCUUUUCAUUCAUCACGUUCGCACACCUCGCAUCAUCAUUCACGUUCGCACACCUCGUUUCGCAGCCUGUCUGUGUUGGCGGUAGCUGUAGCGAGUGCCUCGUCCAUGUCGCGAGCCUGUUUCUUGUACUCCUUCACUUGCUGGGCUUGGUUCUGCAUCAGGCAGCUGAUCCUCUGUCUCAUGUAAUGGACGUACGGAUUAACGUGCAUACCUUGGUCCCAUUUUCGAGUGCAGAAAGUCUGGUCAGGGCUAUGGUGUACUCUUGCUGGAGCUGCUUAAGGUGAUUCUCUACGCAGAGUCACCCACCCAUUGCGUUGUAUUCAUGCGCUCCUGCGCUGGCGCUUUAGUGCAUGACUACCGGCAGCGUGUCCGCCUUUGACCAUAUCCUCGUGGUGUCUCUCAAGCGUCCGCCGCUCGUCGGCCCUGUUCUGCCGCUCUGACUGAAGCGCAGAGUUUGUGGCCUAUACGUGCGCGUGCAAAGAUGUAAGGGACAGCACACGUUGCGCCCCGGGUUUGACCUGGACUUCAGCCUGCAGGGCUGCGAUCUGGCGAUCGAGCUUGCAGUGAAUGUCCUCCUGCGAGGAAACGAGAACGCGAUGCGAAAGUCACUACGAAACAUGACAUUUACUCGCCUUUUCCUGUCCGAUAAGGUUGCACCGCUCCUGCCACGACGCCUGCACACAGCACCAGAUACUAGUAUCGGUCUCACUCUCACAUUACACGUGGAGAUCCGCUCACAUUCUCCUUUUUCCUUUUGUCUCUCUCUUCGUCGAGUAGACGCUUGGCCUCAAACAGCGAAUUCUUGAGUUUCUGACGCUCCUGCUCUACACGACGGGACUGGAUCUCAAGCUGAAGUUGAGUAUGCAAUAUCUGACACACCCGCCCGCCCCGCUGAGAGUGCACCCGUGCCUUCUGACCUGGGAUGUGACUUCCUGUUUGAUGUGCGUGACCUGCUUGAUAGUCGAUUCCUCAAUGAGCUGCAAGUGACAAUUAGCAACCAACGACGUACGUGCCCUCUUCCGGCCAACAACAACCAGCACAUAGGUGUAUCUCACGUGCUGUUGCAUAUGUGUGCACCUUGAAGUUCGUUUUCUCCUCGGCAAGCAGGUUUCGCAAGCAGCAUGCCUCCGAACGCAAUGUCUCGAGGCGCUCCUUCACCUGUGCCAGCCUGUCAACCAUCUGGCUGUACAUGGCACGGAAUCUCUCCUCUGAGGCCUGGCGCUCUGAUUCAGACGCAAGACAUCAUCGCACUAGGCACCUCUUGGCCGACAACGCAAUCUGCCCACGCACCCUCCUGCAUCUGAGCAUUGUAGAUGUCCUUUGCCGUCUGCAGCUCAGCCUCGUGCCGACGGUCAAGCCUACAAAGUGGGACUCCCACACGCGCACAGAUGUGCUUGCGCUGUGCAGUCUCACUCAUCCAUUUGCUCUUCUGCGUCUAGGUGCAGUCGUGUGAUGCGCGCUAUUUCAUCGCUUUGAGCCUGAUGACAACAGAUGCGUGUGCUAUCUUUCUUGAGUCCCAUGUCUGACCUUGACUUGUUUCAGAAGCCGGAUGUUGGCAUUUUUGAGCAUCUCCAGGGAUCUUACCAGCUCGCCAUUUACAUCACCCUGCUCUAACAAGUCGGCUUGAAGUGAGGAACAGCGUCGCUGAGCCUAGUGAAUCAAUACUCCAUGGCGACAGCAGUUGUACAAUGGGCUGACCAUUACCUCCAAGAGGCUUUCUUUCAAAGCACUGUACUGUCGCGAGGGGGCGGUGGGCGUCCCAGCAAUCGCUGAAUUGAAAAGACCCUUGCACGAUGUAAUCGAGCAAGAAGUGCUCAUCCAUGCUGACCCGAGGAGUCUCCCUGGAGCGUCACCAUUGAGCCCGGCGGAACUGAAGGGCGCGACAUUUCACAAUGCGUCUGCAACCCUCAAUUCGCAUACCGAUUGUAAGCUCGUUGCAAGUUGGCUGUCCAUACUCCGUUGGAGGAGCUUCAGCUCCGUGCUCAAAGUCACCUUCUCCGACCGCUCGGUGC